UGGAUUGUCCAGACCUGAUCUGGGGCCAGAAUAUGUUCUUUCAUACAGAGGUGGGAGCCUUGAUCCAGACCACCAGCAUCCAUCUUUCCAGAACCGGGUGGAUCUUCAGGACAGACAGAUGAAGGAUGGAGACGUGUCUCUGAUUCUGAAGAAUCUGACGACUGAUGAUACAGGAACAUAUAAAUGUAGAGUCUUCCAGAGAAGAACAGGCAGCAUGAUUGCAGAGUCCAAGUCCAUCAUCAUCCAUCUGGAAGUUUCUCCUCCAGGUACAACACAGGAUGGAAGGAACCAGGAUGGAGGAGACAAGGAUGGAGGAGACAAGGAUGGAAAGAACCAGGAUGGAGGAGACAAGGAUGGAGGAGACAAGGACGGAGGAGACAAGGUUGGAGGAGACAAGGAUGGAGGAGACAAGGUUGGAGGAGACAAAGAUGAAGGACAUUAUGGACUGAUUGUGGGUCUGUCAGCUGUAGUGAUCGUUGGGAUGAUUGUUGGUUUCUGGAUCUAUAAAAGAGUCCAGAAGAAGGACUGGGCUCCUCUUCCUGAGCUGCUCUGACUCAUCAGAUAAUCAUCCUUACAAUCAUCAUCUUCAUCAAGCAGCAGGUUUAUGAGCAGAGAGGAAGGAGAAAAUGAAAGUACAACAUUUUAUGCGUGAAAGCACCAACAGAUCAGGUCUUAGUUGGACCUAAAGACUCAUUUAUGCUCCUUUUACGUACGUAAAUGGGUUCGUUAGUUUCAAACAUCACUGUCCUCAUGAUGAUCAUUCUCAGAAAGAGAAAUAAAAUAUGCAGUGCAGUAGAUGGAGGGGGUCUGAGAGGACAUUAAAUGCAGCACAGCUUCUUCUUCUUUGUUCCUUUUACUGGCUGCAUAUCAGCUGUACUGCUCAAUGCUGCCCCCUGGUGUCCAGUAGAAGUGCUGUUCUAUCAGGUUACUCAUCCACAAGGAUCCAAAAACGGACCAAAUUAACAUGUAAAAGAUCCAAAGAUGGAUGAAAUGGUUCGUAUCCGUCUUUUACAUAGAGCAUAAAUGAGUCUUUACCCUUCGUUAGGGACUGUUUUGUCCUUUUAUGUCCUUUUUCCUGAACUGUUGGUCAACAUUUUGGUUGUGUUUUCCCAUUUGUUUUUGUGAGAAAGUUUUUCUCUUGAAAAACUUGUGAAUUUCAGUGUCUAUUUUAAUUCAAGGUCAAAAUGACAUCAGGAACAAAUUCAUUAUUCUUCUGGGUCAUCAGAGGACAAAAUGUCCCUUCUGAAAAAACUGUUCUGGAAACGUUACAGAAUUUUUUAUAGUUUUAUUUUCUCCAAAUCUGUCAAUCAAUAAAUCCUAACCAAAGAUCAAAAUACCAAUUUAAAUUCACAUGAUAGUUACUGCCUGAGGAUGAUGAACGCUGUUGUUUUUACAUAUUGAUCCAUGUGUGAUGUUUGUCUCUGGGGUUUGUGGUUGGCAUGAUGGGGGUGGGGGUCGGAUAACAUCUAAGUUAUUCUAAGUUACACCAGAAAGGAGUAACAUUAUGAUGGAGACGUGGAUUUCUUCUUCUGUCCAGCUGUAACGUUUCUGUAGAAAUGUCCAAACAUUUUCUUCUGUAGAUGUUUCAGAGUUUCUUUGUGUUGGUUCAUAACGUUUUUCUGAUCAUGAUGAGUUUCUAACAUGAAUAUUUCCUCACUGACAAAUGAAAAGGUGAUUAUAGAC